AUACAUCUCUGUUUUUCUCAAACAACAAAAAGGCAGCAACUUGGCGCUGAGAAGGAAAUAUACCUCAGUCUUCUCCAGCAUGAGCAAUAAGGCGAGAGGUGUCCCUGCCAAUGCAGUUGCCAGAGGUCCCAGGGGUACAAGACUCAUUCCAAAGAGGGGCCAGAUAAAGUCAAGGAUAGCAGUUAAUGCUUUUCAUUCAAUUGUUUCAGUGCUAGCUAGAGCUUCUUCACAUCGCUAUCAUUCUCAUAGGAGAUCAUACUUGAUGGAGGACUAGAGCCAUGAAAUUUGAUGAACAUGUAUGAUUACUUAGUUUUUAGUGCACAGAUUGAUAUUUCUUCUUCUUCUUCUUUUUUUUCCCUCUCUUUCUUGUUAUCCAUCUCAUUUUUAUGGGCAAUUUUCAGUUUUAACAGUCUUUUCUCAAAUAAUUUCAACUCUCCACU